CAACUCUUUUCUUACUUCUUUCCAUUACAUUAAUUUUUCUUUAUUAACAAUCAUAAUGGGUGUCCUCGAUAUUGUCCCCGCUGGUGUUGUCACUGGCAAGAACCUUUACAAGUUGUUCGACUAUGCUCGUGAGCACAAGUUUGCCAUCCCUGCUAUCAACUGUACAUCUACCAGCACUGUCAAUGCUGCUCUUGAAGCUGCUCGCGACAUCAAGUCUCCCAUCAUCAUCCAGUUCUCCAACGGUGGUGCUGCCUACGUUGCCGGUAAGGGUCUUUCCAACAAGAACCAGGAAGCCGCUAUCAUUGGUGCCGUUGCUGGUGCACAGUACGUCCGUACAGUCGCCACCGCAUACGGUAUCCCCGUUGUCAUCCACUCUGACCACUGCGCCAAGAAGCUCUUGCCUUGGUUCGAUGGUAUGCUCGCUGCCGAUGAGGAGUACUUCAAGGCCCACGGUGAGCCCCUCUUCUCUUCUCACAUGUUGGAUCUCUCUGAGGAGUCCAAGGAGGAGAACAUCGAGGUCUGCCUCAAGUACCUUGAGCGCAUGGCCAAGAUCAACUGCUGGUUGGAGAUGGAGAUCGGUAUUACCGGUGGUGAGGAAGAUGGUGUGAACAACGAGGAUGUCGACAACGCCUCCCUCUACACCCAGCCCGAGGAUAUCUACGAGAUCUACUCCAAGUUCUCCGAGAUCACCGAGAACUUCUCUAUCGCUGCUGCUUUCGGAAACGUCCACGGUGUCUAUGCUCCCGGUAACGUCAAGCUCCACCCCGAGUUGUUGGCCAAGCACCAGGCCUUUGUUGCCGAGCAGAUCGGCUCAUCAAACCCCAAGCCCGUCUUCUUUGUCUUCCACGGUGGAUCUGGUUCCUCCAAGGAUGAGAUUAACACUGCCGUCAAUGCCGGUGGUGCUGUCAAGAUGAACGUCGAUACCGACACCCAGUGGGCCUACUGGACCGGUCUCCGUGACUUCUACAAGAAGAACCAGGACUACCUCCAGACCCAGGUCGGUAACCCCGAGGGCGAGGGUAAGCCCAACAAGAAGUACUACGAUCCCCGUGUCUUCAUCCGUUCCGCUGAACUCACCAUGAAACAGCGCGUCGAGGAGGCUUGCCAGGAUCUCGGAAACGUCAACGUUUUGUAAAUAUUUUUUAUAAUAUAUAGCAUAAAUAUAAAUAUAAAUUAGUACUCUAUAAUUUUUUUUCUUUAUUUUUUUUGGUACUGUAAAUAAUAUAUAUAUAUAUAUAUAUAAUACAAAAAUAUAUAUAUAUAUAUUUGUAUGUUCUCUCAAUAUAAGAAAUUCAAAUGUCAACCCAUUAGCUACAACUAGUUAGUUUAGAUUACAGUCAAUUGAGUUGGUUGAUAUCAAGACACACAAAAAAUACAAUAUAAUAUGUAUGGUAACCUUUGGUCAAG